AUGCUUGUCAACGCACCGGGCCCAGACGCCAACAGGAACCGCGCACCGUCCGUCCCUUCCCGUCAGAUAAGAGCACAUUUCGACGAGAAAUCGAUCACGGUCUAUCAGGCGUACAACACGACAAUCGCGACAGCAGCCGCGGAGGCCCAGAAGCUCGACGCGUCGCCGAGCUUCAAGCUCACCCGGAUGACGUGGAUCAAACCGAGCUGGGCGUGGAUGCUCUACCGCGCCGGAUAUUCGUACAAGGACCCCGGGCAGGCGCGCAUCCUGGCGCUCAAGAUGACGCACGAGGACUUCGUCGCCCUGCUUCGGAAGGGGGCGCUGGCUCACCACGGAGCCGGGGACAUGGAUCGCGGGCGUGUGAGGGUCCAAUGGGAUCCCGAACGAGACGUGCGCCUGGGCAAGCUCCAGCAUCGCAGCAUACAGAUCGGCAUACCUGCAGACAUCUGUCGGGACUGGGUUGCGAGAGGAAUCGUCGGCAUCGAAGACGUCACGGCCCGCGCCAGGGAGCUGAAGAGGGUUUUGGAAGAGCAGCCGGACGUGAGCGACGGCGAGCUGAUCAGUCUGGGGCUGCUGCCAGUCGAGAGGGAGUAUGUUGUGCCGGGGGACGUGGAAGAUAUUCUUGAGAUGAGGGGAUCUAGGGGCACGGGUGACGAGGGAGGUCUGUAA